UCCGUGCAGCCAGCUGGUGGAAGCUGAAGGAAUCUGGCUGACACAUCGGUCUGUCCAGCGGGUCACUCAGUGAGGGGGGCACUCGUGGAAGCAGCCGCUUAAAGCACAACUAUCCGGCCUCCACUGCGGCGGAAACAGAGACUUUAAUCGGCGGCAAAAACAGGAAGUUACCAUGAUGGCAGUCCUGGGCAGCGCCGGUCGCUUGAUCCAAUUUGCCAGGAGCAGCGUCAGUCUGAGUGUCAGGAGACGCUCCACUGCUGCUGCUUUAGCCCAGACUGCGACUCCAGAAACACAGGAGAACAGGAAACCUAAGACGGGCAUCUUGAUGUUAAACAUGGGAGGACCCGAGAAACUAGAAGACGUUCACGACUUCCUGCUGCGGCUCUUCAUGGACACAGACCUGAUGAAACUCCCUGUACAGAAUAAGCUCGGCCCGUUCAUCGCCAAGCGCCGCACGCCAAAAAUCCAGGAGCAGUACAGUAAGAUCGGAGGAGGCUCGCCCAUCAAACACUGGACCUCCAUGCAGGGAGAGGGCAUGGUGAAGCUGCUAGAUGAGAUGAGUCCUGAGACAGCUCCUCACAAGUUCUACAUCGGUUUCCGGUACGUUCACCCGCUGACGGAGGAAGCCAUUGAGGAGAUGGAGAAAGACGGAGUGGAGAGAGCCGUGGCCUUCACGCAGUACCCUCAGUACAGCUGCUCCACCACAGGCAGCAGUCUGAACGCAAUCUACCGUUACUACAGCAACAGAGGCGACAGGUCAAAAAUGCGCUGGAGUGUCAUCGACCGUUGGCCCACACACCCUCUGCUGGUGGAGUGUUUUGCAGAACACAUCAGUAACGAGCUGCUGAAGUUCCCUGAAGAAAAGAGAGACGACGUUGUCAUUCUGUUCUCGGCACACUCGCUCCCCAUGGCUGUUGUAAACAGAGGUGACCCAUAUCCUCAGGAAGUGGGAGCCACAGUUCAGAGAGUCAUGGAGAGACUGGGACACUGUAACCCCUACAGACUAGUGUGGCAGUCCAGGGUGGGGCCCAUGCCGUGGCUCGGCCCACAGACGGACGAAGUGAUUAAAGGUCUGUGCGAGCGAGGGAAGAAGAACAUCCUGCUGGUGCCUAUCGCCUUCACCUCCGACCACAUAGAGACUUUACAUGAGCUGGACAUCGAGUAUGGACAGGUGCUCGGGGAGGAGUGUGGUGUGGAGAACAUCAAGAGAGCAGAGUCGUUAAAUGGGAACCCUCUCUUUAUGAAGGCUCUGGCAGACCUGGUCCAGUCCCACCUGAAGUCCAACCAGCCCUGCUCCCGUCAGCUGACCCUCCGCUGCCCGCUGUGCACCAACCCCACCUGUGGAGAAACCAAGGCCUUCUUCGCCAGUCAGACGCUCUCGUAG